CGACCACAGAAAAAUCUUCAUAUUGCUAACAUUUCCCAUCACUGGUGCUCCUCCAGCCCUAAUCCAUUUUCUCUUUCCUUUUUGUUACAGCUCCAGGAGACUGUAAAGAGGAAAUUGGACAGUGCACGAUCGCCCCUCAAUGGAGAGCAGAACGGCAUCUGUGAUGGAGGCAGCUACUCACCGACUACCAAACGGGUACGGAAGGAGGGCUCUGGUGGUUUGGACUCACUAACAGGUCUCCCUAACAACAACAAUAACAGCAAUGUUCCACCCAUCUCUCCACUGCAUCACCAAAUGGACAUUAAGCCCUUACUUGGCGGGCCCAACACUUCCACCGGAAACAACACUACAAACAGCAAUGGCAACCACGUAGGUCAGGCAUCCGAUGAGCUGGGAAAGAACGGUGGCAGCCAUCUCGCGGACAUGAAGCUGAACGGCUCGCUAGACUUGGAGGACAGCUUCGGCCUCCUCAAAGACCUGAAACAGGAGCCACUGGACGACGGAGGUGGGAUGGAGUCCUCUGAUCCCCAGUCUCUGUCCAAUCAGAACAAACUUUUCUCUGACAUCAACCUCAAUGACCAAGAGUGGCAGGAGCUGAUCGAUGAGCUGGCCAAUACCGUGCCAGAGGACGAUAUGCACGACCUCUUCAAUGAGGACUUUGAGGACAAGAAAGAGGCAGAGUUUGGCAGGCCGGGAAACAAUCAGACACCAGGCCCCCAAGAUGCAGCUGGGAACACAACGGCACCACCAGCAGCAGCCCUGCCUCCUCCUCCUCAGCCUCCACAGGGAGGGCCACAGGUUCCUAUGGGCUCUCCACAGGUUCGACCAUCUUCGUCAGGCCCUCAGUUUGCCACCACUGCCAAUGGAACACCUCCUCAGCAACCCUUGCAGCAGUCUCCAGCAGUUGCUAUGGCAUCAGGUUCCCCAUUGCACAACUGCGUGGCUCGCUCCCCUCAGACCCCAACCCAGGCUCAGACACAAGCAGUCUCUAGGCCUGGGAAUGGAUACAUGAUGAACCCAGGCCCAGGGGUCAGUCAGGCGGGCACAGGACCCGGAGCAGCUGGAGUUGCCCCUGGAGGUCAACCUGUUGGACCAGUGACGCCUGAACUUUCUCCAGCAGAGCAGCUAAAGGCAAUGGCUCAGCAACGGGCUAAACUGCUGCAGCAGAAGCAGCAGCAGCAGCAAGCAGCUAACUGGUCCCCUGCAGGUGCUCCAACCAGUCCAUAUAACUCUGGUCCCUUUAACCAAGACAAACCCAACAGCCCCAUGAUGUACCCACCGCAAGCCUUUAACACACAACAGGGCCCUCUAGUGGCUGGGAUGACCCCCAACAAUGGGCCCAAGGCCCCCAUGAACAACUACCUCCCUCACAACCACAUGGGCAUGAUGGGCCAGCAACAGCCAAACAGCAUCAACCAGAACACCCUGUCCAAGCAACAGCAGCAACAAACAGCAGCCAUGUUGUCCUAUAACAACACCAAACCGCUGAGUCACUUCAGCGGCAGCGGGGUUGAUCACUUAGGCCAGAGGAUGACUCCUCCCAUGGGAGGGAACAAUCAGGUCAAGAACCCCAUGAUGCCUCCCUACAUGGGUGGCGGGGGAGGCGGUGGCCAGGGCGCGGGGCCCGGGCAGACCCAGGGGCCAAUCCCGGGGCAGACAGCCCACCUGAGUGAGGAGCAGAAGAGGAUGUUGCUGAUGAAGCAGAAAGUGUUAAACCAGAACAUGCCCUACAGCGCCAUGCAGGCUCAUGGACAGGUAAGGGAACUUUACAUGUAAUCAAUAUGGCUAGGCAAAGUUGUUUACAUUGUAUUUGUGCAGAUAAAGUUCUUCUAGGAGGAAGGUGUCUUUCAACUGUCUGUAGAUUUAGCUCCGAUUCCAGAGUCAUUCAACAGAAAGCAUUUACUCUGGAGAUGAGUUUCAUGUCAGAGCGUGGUGGUGUUAUCGAGCACUCAACCCAUGACCUUGUGAAGAGAACAAUACACCCAACAGUUUUUACUUGUCAAUCCUUGGGGCGCAAUAUGAAAUGCUGGCAGUCCGCUGGAGGUUUUCUAUGAAAUAUACAGAUAAUUUGAACUCCAUUUUUACGGGUAAACGGCGGAAUGGCAAAGAAAAUUAAAAAAUACAAGAUAUUACAAGCUUAAUAAACAGUUGACCGGGACAGAUUACGGACAAUGGCUCGCUGUUUUUCAAAACCUUCCAGAGGUGCAGCCAGAGAAGGUAAAAUGGCGGUAGUUUCCCCAGCAACAAGCCAGGGCUGGGAAUAGGCAUAGGAAAAUGGCCCGUCGACAGUGUAUUGAUGCCUCUGCAACACUAGCAGCACUGAUAGCCGCCCCCCACUCCUCCUCAUGCACUCACACACCACACCAAACACCAAAGCUAAACGGCUCCUUAGCUCAUAUCCCCAAUCUGUCACAGCUGACUGAUGGCUGAGAUUGGACCACUAAGCCAAGCUAGCUGCUGUCAUUACCGAAAGCCUACCUCGGGCAGUUUGUUUCCAGAGCCCGGCGACAGCUACAGCCAACUGUGAACGCUCCGGUGGUUCAGCCAGGUGUCAGGUGUCCUUAAUAAUCCACGGCACGGAGGACGUUAAGGAAGUGUGGGUGGACUAUACCUUAAGAAGUAUACACCUACACAAGUUAAACAUCAUGCUGGUGUGGUUAGUCUCAUUAUCUCAGGGCCAUUGUUUUAUUGUCAAUAGAAAGUGUGUGUGCCGGUGUGUGCGUGCUUGUUGAUGAUUCACUUGUCAAUGUUGUCCCCCUCUCCCUUUAUCUCUCUGUCUCUCUCUGCCUCCCUUGUGUUCAUGAUAUGGCUACAGUCAGUCAGUCACCUCUCCUCUUCCUCCUCCCUUCUGUUGAUCGCUGCGUCUCCUGUCCUGCUCCUCCUUCUUCCUCCCCCUCUCCUCCCUCUCUUUCUCCCCCUGCCAGAGACACUCAGCACCAAUAAAGGAGCAGAUUUAUUAAUAUGGGGCCUUUGUGACUGCUGCCUGAAGGGUUGUGUGUUUGUGUGCAUAAGUGAGUAAGUGCGUGUCUGUGCACAUGUAUGUUUGUGUGUGUUUCAUAGAUUUAGGGAGGGGGUGGGUAGAAGGGGGAGGUGGAGAGAUUUAUUUGAGUGAGCAGAGGAGAAUUGGAGACCGGGAAGAGACAGGAGAGAGAUGUGCAGAAAAGACAAAAAUGACUUAAAGGAAAAAGGCAAAUGCAGAAAGAGAGAUUUAUUGUGGAGUGAGGAUCGAGCAUAUUAAAAAGAAAGUCAAGGGGCUGGUAAGAGAAAAUAAGUGAGCGAUGCAGAAUUGAGUGUCUGAAAUGCAAAAUAUUCACAGUUCUACAUGCGUUUAGCUCCAUUGUAAUGACAUUUAUUAGGGUGGAAUAUUUACAGUAUGUGGACAACAGGUGGUACCAGUUAAAGGGCAAAUCCACCGAUUUUACACAUCAAUGUCAGUCCACCAGGGGAGCACGACACAGCCCGUGAAAACAAUUGUAUAAUGUCUUCUGUGGCUCUGGAAGGGCUUUGUCAAGUCUGGGAAAAUAACCCUGAUGAUGUCGUCGGGGUUAUCUUGGCUUGGAGACUACAAACCUUUUCAACUAAAGUCUGCGUUACAAGCUGGAAGUAUAAUGUUUGACAGACAACCAGGCAGGGUCUAAUACGAACACAUUAUGAAAUUGCAUUAUGGGAAGUGUAGGAUCCAGACCCACGCUUGGUAGUAGAAGCCAAGAUAUCUCAGUUUAUGCUGCAUUAAUGUUGGUGAUGUAGUUUUUAAUUCGUCUCUCAUGAAUCCCCCAACCAUUAUAUUUUGCAAUACAAAAUCUCUGAAAUACUAUUUUAAUGGAAAAUGAUUUUGACACUGAGGUAACUUGAUUACAAGCAAUUUUUAUGUCUUUGUCUUAAAAAAAAGGCCUUGGCAAUCAGCUCCUUAAUAUGAUAGUUCUCAAACAUCUGUGUCCAAAUUUUGGCACAUUGGACAAAAAGCAGAAAAAUUCUUCAGUAUGUAUAGUGAGAAAACUUGAAAAUAAUGACAACAUAUGCUAAUUGCAAUAAUCAAGGAGGUGCUACUGUUUCAAACUGAAAUAAAGAAUAAUGUUGUUUUUACACAUUGGAUCUUUAAUUGGUCCAAACAAAUGUAUUCAAGUU